GGUCUCUCACAACGGACGCGUCGCAUAAUUCCGCAAAUCGCUCGUAAAACAAAUAAAUUUCAUAAAUUCUGAUCCGCCGGUAAUUAGAUCGUAUGUCUAUGAGUGUAAAGAUCAUUCUAUAAAUCAUCAGUGAAACACUUACGUCGUUAUCGUGCGUGCAUCUUAUCUACUGUGGCGGCGUUAAUCACCUCGAGCCGCAUUGACUUCAAGCAAUAAGCGAAUCUCGUGCCCGUAAACAUGGUCGAUAAUCCCAAGUGCAACACAGAAAAACCCAGUGCAGGUAAUCUGGCACGAAAUGCAGGCUCGCAGCCGGAUUUAAACAAAUUAAAGGAUACCUAUCUUAGCGAACCUCAAAUCACAGUGCGAAAACGUAAACAGCCUGAUUUCGAAAGUGAUUUCAAAAAUGACAUCUUGGAAUUUCGCAAGGAUAUGAAAGACCUCAUGGACAUUUGCAAAUCCCAAAAGGAUGAUAUCACGGGUAUGAAGUCUGAUGUCUCUGAUAUCAAGGACCAGCUAUCUAGCAUGCGGGCGACGACUGAAAACCUGGUUACCGAACACAACCAACUUAAGGCUGAUAUUACUGAGAUCAAGGAUUCUCUCAACUUUCAUUCCCUCCGGCAGGAUACUCUGUGUACACGUGUCGACUCAAUUGAGCUCAGUGUUAACAGGAUCGAAUUGUUAGAACAGGAUGUCUCCACGUUAAAACAAUCGUAUAAUAACCUGCAAAUGGAACAUCACACACUACAGCAACGCGAACGCCUACAUAACCUAGAAAUCUCGGGGAUCCCGGAAAACAGAGCUGAAAAUCUUAAUGGCAUAGUAACAAAUAUCGCUAAAAUAGCUGGAGUGGAUAUAACCUCUGCAAAUAUUCUGCAUGUGAACCGCGUACAGCCAAGGGUGGAAGCAGCUGGCAGGCCACGUAACAUCGUAGUUCAAUUGAACUCGCAAAUUAUCAAGGACAGCAUUUUAUCCGGUAUACGCAGGCGCAAAGGUAUUACCAGCACGGACAUUGGCAUGCCAGGUGAACCGGCCACAAUAUACGUAAACGAACAUCUGAUUCCAUUCUACAAGCAACUACGCAAGGAAACCAAAGACGCGGCGAAUGCAGCAAGCUAUAAGUAUGUGUGGGUACGCAACUGCAAAAUAUUCGCAAGGAAAUCUGACAAAUCUCCUAUUAUCUUCGUUAAAGAUGCGAACGAUAUAAAAAAAAUUAAGUGACUUUUUUAUAACUUUAUUAUAUAUGUGUUGAUCUCAGUUCAAUUAUUACUCUGAGUGCUGUUUAUUCCUGCUGCUCUGUGUAUUUAUAUAUAUCAUGUCCCUAGAACUUAUC